UGUAGGCCAAGAAAGGUAAUCGCCAUAACGACUCUCCGUCCCUAUUUGGGAAGUAGGGCAGCAGCUUUCUCUCUCGUUUGGGAAAGGGGAGAUGUCGUCUGCUGACUUUUCUUCACUUUCGAAACCACUCGCCUCGACUCGACCGGACAUUGCAUGCGGAGAGUCAUAGGGAAUACAAAUCGUUUGGCGCUGCAGCCGUAUUCCGCGUUUCCGCGCUUUUCUCGUAUGGAUUUCACUUGACGAUUGCUUUUCCAAUCUAUAAGAUGAUAAAGUGUUUAAAAAGAGUAAAAAGGAAAACUGACGGUUCGAAAAAGUUCUGUUGAUGUUGUUCCGUUGAAUGGACGAUUUAUAACUAUUAUUGGAAUACAUGUUUCUUUUGGAUUAUUAGUUGUGGAUUAUUUUUUAUAUUCGCGUAGAAAAAUUUGUCAAAAUAUUUUGUUCGGCCAAAGAGCGCACUUGAAGAAGCGAUGUUCCAGUGUGGACCUCUUUCUCCGAGUCAAACCUUAGUUUCUGAUCAUUUUAAGCAAGCGCCAAUAGAUCUACAGAAAUCAGAAGAUAUCCUCAACAUCCAUAGAACAUGACAUAAGAUUAUCAGUUUGGAUAUGAUGAAUAGAUGGAUAAUGUAAUCAAUAUUUAUGAUAUCAAGAAUGUUGUUCCAUUAAAAGAUAUUCAAACUAAUUAUCCAUGUCUCUGGAUUCGGACCUUACCGCUGGAUUCCAGGUGAAAUACUUGGGGUCCAUCUGUUUCACUAGGAAGAAACGCAAACCUCUGAAAGGAAUAGUGUCGCUGCAGAGACCACUACUAGACCUCUACACUGAAGCUCGACGUAGAGGUGAAAAUCACAGAAGUAUUCAUCCUUUGGCUCUAACCCAACAUUUGGAGAUUUGCGAUUAUGGCUUGGUGGUCGCUGAAGGUACUAACAGAGGAGAGACGGUCAUUACCAAAGUUAUUACUCCUCUGUCCAAUGUUAUACUUUGGGCAGCUGUCCGAUUUCACGCGAGGAUCAUCAAGAAAAGGGUCUUUGGGGCAGCCUUCGUUCCUCUUGCCUGCUCUGAUGGCGUCUUGGACCACAAGUCCUACAUUUGCUUGGCGUCCAAGCAGCGAUUUCUGGUCAGUUUGACCCAUCCUUCUGUGUUUGCGUGCAUCUACAGGAGUGUGUCUUCGCCAACAACUUUUGAAUGCCACGCGUUUGUGUGUGCAACAGCUGAAGAUGCGCUGGCGGUCGCUGGACUAGCCACCCUGGCUAGUCAGCAGAAUGACCUACCAUCAGUUCGUAGGAGUCUGUACUUGGACCACCAGCCUAGACGACGGAUAGCAGCGUCUGUCGAUUCUGGAACUGACUAUUACACGCCCUCUGAUGUUACUCCUGCACCUAGAGAAGAAGAAGAUAGGGGGUACGGACCACCAUUUCGGGAAAAUGUGAUUAUCAGAACAGACACGGAGGAGGAAUCAAACUCUUAUGCCAGUGUUAUAAAGGCAGCUUCGCCGAAUAUGGGACGACGACGAUUUGGUAUGGGGGCUCGUUCACAGUACAGGACUCAACCUCGAAAGCGAUUCAUGAAUCACAGAGAGGCGCGGGCUCUCAUCGGAAGGUGCGGAGUUCCCGGUAGACCUUUGCCUGAAGACGAGGAGCUUUGGAGAGCAUCUCUUCCACCCCAUGUCAGAAAUCCAGAUCUUCUUGAAGAACAGCAACGAUUAACACCAGCGUACGACCAAAGUGAGCCAGAUCAAGCUCCAAGUGAGCUGACCACACCGGACACCCGGUACAGGAACAUAUCGACCAUGACCGAAUCUCGUCCAGUGGAACCCAAUAACAACAAGGAGACGGAUGUCAAAGAAGCAUACCUUGUCCACCCCACAGAAGUGUUGGCGGAGACCAUCGACCUUAGCAGCGAAUCGGCCUUGUCCGCUCACUCCUCCGCAUCUUCAACGGCAGGUUGGCGACCUUUGUUGCCUGCCGAUGCGCCAACGGACGACCCACCACUCAUCAAAUACACGUACUUUGGAUACGAGACAUAUGCCAGACCCACUGACGCCAACAGAAAGGUUUCGGGAGCAUCAGCUAACGGUUCUUCUGAAUUUGGUGGGCAAUGUGUCGUCAAACCACCGUUGGUGGAGAUCCACGAUAACAGUGGAAGAACGUCCAUCACCAAGAGGAUGGUGGAACAGAGGAGGCCCAAGAACAGGAAAACCCAUCAGAAAUCUGGUGACAGCCAUAAAGAAGGCGUAAUCAAAGGCAACGGCACUGGCAAAGUGACCAUUAACGUCUCUUACAACAAUCUUCGACCCGAAAGUCGCAACUCGUCUGCUUCGUCCAGAACAGUCCCUCACGGAGUACGGUCUUUCCACAAGAAUGGCCACGUUCGCAACUGGUCAUCUCUGAGCCAAACCUCGGCAUCUUCCUCAUCGUCCUACAGAGGAAUGACCACACUUCCGACAACUUCUCACAGAUCCUCCCAGAAAGGACAGCAGCACCAUCCCCAAAAGGUCAUCAGAUGGUCAUCGGAGGAUCGACUUCCUCGGAGACAGAGUGGUGGCUUUUUCCUGAGCCUUAAGAGGUUGAGCAUCCAGUCUUUGACCAAAGCAAAACACAAGACUGGAAAGUUCAUCUCGAGCAUGAAAACAAGAUUGAUGGGUACCAAGCGUUCUUCUGCGGACGGUUCAGAAGAUUCAGCUUACGAUACUUCAGAAGUGUGCCUCAGCCCAAGCGGUCGCCAAGGCUCCUCCUCGCCAUCACGCCAACCCGCCCAGAGGAAUGCCGCUCGUCGCCAACAAUCUUGGAGUUUCCAUGAUCUUAGGUCUGCCGCUGUUGAGAAACCAGUGGUUCGACGGAAUCACAAUGUACACCACAGAAGAAAACACAGAAGACGCAGCAGAAAAGCUGGGCAAAGCUCCUCCUCUUCAGAUUCUGGUGUUGAAGCAGCAUAUCAUUCCGACAACAGCGGUCGCAAGUCCGAUCCCGGCCGCUUGACCAAUGGUUCUGGUGUAACGCGAGUGCAAGUGCAACAUGGCAUGGGCACUGGAACUUUUCAGAGGUGGUCGAAUACCAACAUACAAGAUGAGCUGGGAUACAUUCCAUAAAGAUAAAAGUAUCUGACUUUCAGACUGAGUCUUUCAAAUCACUGAGUGCCAACUUUAAAUAGCAUCGCUAGCAACUUGCAGAGAUGUGAGAAUAACUGUAGAAUAAAAGAAAAGUGAAUGACUGAGAGACUAGUUAUUAAGGAUUUGUCUGCCGGAGUAAUUUUAGCGUGUUUGUAUCUAAGUGGCAAUGAGAAAAUCAUGUUCUGGAUACCAUGAUUUAUGUGUAAUUAAAGAUGUUUCUUUUUCA